CGGUGAUAUUCGACUGGUGGUGAUGACGGUGCAACAGUAGUGGAUUAGUGUAUUUUGCAUUGUUCUCCGUUGUUUUUCAGUGUCGUUAUUUUUCAGUUUUGUGAUUUACCUUCUACUUUUAUCAGAUUUUAUCUAGCAAAGUUGUUGUUUAAGUCUAUCAGUAUCAUUUUUGAUAACAAUAAGUAAUUUUAUCUGUCCGAGGGCAAAAUCUCUCUUCUGUUUGGACUUUGAUCAGUCUUGUUUUACCGUCGAAUCAUUCCUGUAACAUUGUGUGCAGUAUAAAGAGGUGAGAGGUGCAAUCCAACCCACAGUAUGUUACGCAUUACGCGAGGACCGUUGGCCACCUUCCGUCGUGGCAAGGCAACCACUACCGGAGAAGACUACCAGUAUAUGCAGAAAACUCGAAUUCCUAUGCUGCAUUUCCAAGCCUCACUGCCAAGACUGCCAAUACCAGAGCUGGAAAAAACAUGCGAACGUUAUCUGGCGGCUCAGAAGCCUCUGCUUAUCGACGAAGCGUUCCGUAAGACGAAAGAUAACGUUGAACGCUUCAAGACCACAACCGGACCCAAAUUACAAGAACUACUCAAGAAGAAAGACUCCCAAAACAAGCACACCAGCUACAUCUCGGAGCCAUGGUUCGAUAUGUAUCUGCGGGAUCGGGUUCCCCUGCCAAUCAACUACAAUCCCCUACUGAUGAUGAAUCCCGAUCCCAAGCCGGAGUACAACAAUCAACUCAUUCGAACCACCAAUCUCGUGAUCAGCUCGCUCCGUUUUAUGAAGUCCCUUCGCGCUCAUCAGCUCGAACCGGAAGUGUUCCACAUGAAUCCGGCCAAGAGCGACACGGACACGUUCCGUAAGGUAACCGCCAUGGCGCCGUCGCUUGUGGCCACCUACGUGGCUUACGCCUUCAAAGCUUUCCCCCUGGACAUGAGCCAGUAUCAAGGGCUGUUUGGUGCGACGAGGAUUCCCGAGACGGGAAAGGAUAGAAUCUAUAGGAAUGAAAAGUCACGACACUUGUUGGUGAUCCGGAAUGGGAACAUGUACUCAGUUGACGUGCUAGACGAAGCAGGCAACAUCGAACAACCGGAAACGCUAUUGGCACGUUUCAAAUACGUUCUCAACGACAACCGUCCGCCGUCUGAUACUCCACUGGGGCUACUGACCACCGAAAACCGGGAUACGUGGGCCCGAAUUCGAUACCAUUUGGGUGAGAUAGGAAACGAGAAAGCCUUACGGACGGUUGAUUCCGCCCUGUUCUGCCUUUGCCUAGAUAACGGCUCCAUCGAUUCGGAAAAUCCUAUUCCGAUGAUACGGGACUUCCUGUUUGGCGACGGUACCAACCGCUGGUUCGAUAAGUCCUUUUCGCUCAUAGUGUCCAAAGAUGGGACGGCCGGUAUAAAUUUCGAGCAUUCCUGGGGUGACGGAGUGGCCGUGCUCCGGUACUUCCAGGAAAUCUAUAAGGAAACUACCAAGAGGCCCUUUGUGGAACCUACUGUGCAACCAAACGACGCCAAUCGUAGCGAAGACGUGGUACGCUUGAUUGAGUUUAAGCUGGAUGACAAGAUCCGAGAGGGCGUCAUUGCUGCCCAAAAUCACCAUAACGCCGUCAUCGACGCCCUCGAUAUGAACUACAUGAAGUACGAAGGUAUCAACAAGAAUAUCUGCAAGAAGCAGAGAAUUAGUCCGGAUUCUGUAAUGCAGCUGGGAUUCCAACUAGCGUUCUACAAGCAGCAUGGCAAAUUCGUAGCGACCUACGAAUCUUGCAGCACUGCCGCGUUCCGUCACGGACGAACGGAAACCAUGCGGCCUUGCACAAUGGCUACCAAAGAAUUCUGCGAAGCAAUCGAGCGAAAGCAGAAUCCCACUUCGACCGGCGAACUCAGGGCCAUGAUGGACAAGUGUUCGACCAUACACGGUCAGUUGACGAAGGAUGCGGCCAUGGGACAGGGCUUCGAUAGGCAUCUGUUCGGAUUGCGGCACACGGCGCAAACGAACGAUAUCCCGACGCCGUGCAUCUUCGAAGAUCCGGCCUACGCCGCCAUCAAUCAUAACAUCCUUUCGACCAGUACGCUCUCGUCGCCGGCACUGCUGGCCGGAGGAUUCGGUCCGGUUGUUAGGGAUGGGUACGGCAUCGGGUACAAUAUACAGGACGGGUUUUUGGGAAGUGUGGUAACGAGCUACAAACCGGACCGGAACGGGCGCGAGUUUGUGGAUUGUUUGCGAAGUGCCUACGAGGACAUCGCCCAGGUGCUCAACAACUCCAGCCCACCGUCAAAGUAGAUUUUGAGGGUUUGGAAUUAAAGUUAAUGUAUGUUUUUAUUUGUAUUUUUUAUUAUUAUGUUUGAACGGAUCGUAAAUUGAUUGAUAAAUAUAAUCG